AUGAUUAACCUAUUUGCAAAACCACUUCCCGUUGAUGAAUCUACCUCAAAGGCCGAUGGAAUAAACAUAUUUAGUAUCGCACGACCUUACAUGCGAGCUUUUCACUUCGCAUGGAUCUCCUUUUGUGUCGCCUUCACUGGCUGGUUCGCCGUUCCCCCACUGAUGCCAACAAUUAGGAAAGAGCUCAAACUUACUCCAUCUCAAGUUAACGACUCCAACAUCGCUGCCGUCUCCUCCACCAUCCUCUUCCGUUUGCUCGUCGGACCCUUUUGCGAUCGCUUGGGCCCAAGACGCGUCAUGGCCACGGUACUCCUCCUCGGUGCCAUUCCCAUCGGACUCGCAGGCCUGGCAAAUAGUGCAACCGAUCUAAUAACCAUACGCUUCUUCAUCGGCAUCCUCGGCGCCUCCUUUGUUCCCUGCCAAUUCUGGACGACACAAAUGUUUAGCAGUCGCACUGUCGGAAGUGCGAACGCCUUGGUCGGCGGAUGGGGAAACAUGGGUGCAGGAGUUACCUCUUUGAUUAUGCCUCAGAUAUUCAGCUUGUUUGUCCUCUUUGGUCUGACGAACAGUCAGGCGUGGCGUGUCGCAUUUGUUGUACCUGUUGUAUUUCUGGUUGUAGUCGGUGUGUGCAUUCUUCUUUUCUCCGAUGAUUGCCCGCAAGGCCAUUGGUCUAACCAUUGGGUUGAAAAAAAGAUUGAGACUGAAAACAUUGCAGAAAAAAAACAAGACAACCCUGUCACAAGCAUUGCAGAAAAAAAACAAGACAACCCUGGCACAACCAUUGCAGAAAAAAACCAAGAAAACGUCGAUGUCGAUUCUGAGAAACAGACUACACAACAGAAUACACGACGACCAACAAAUAAGGAGUUCCUCAUGGCCAUAACGAACUACAACGUCGUCAUUCUCAUGUUCAUGUAUGCCUGUAGUUUCGGACUCGAAAUUGCCGUCGACAACGUCAUUGGUCUCUUUUUCAUAGAUCAAUUUGGCCUCAAUCAGUCAUUUGGAGGUUUAGUUGCCGCGCUCUUUGGGCUCAUGAAUUUCUUUUCUCGGCCUUCAGGUGGCUUCAUAUCCGAUGCCACCAACGCACGAGCGGGUAUCCGAGGUCGUCUGAUUACGCAGUUCUGCGUCCUUUUCUGUGAAGGCCUCUUCUUGAUCAUCUUUCGAUUCACAAGCAACACUCUGACCGGAUCACUCAUCGUGCUCGUCUUCUUCAGUUACUUUACACAGGCGUGCGCCGGUACCACAUUCGGUAUCGUCCCCUUCGUUGACCCGCCGAUCGUUGGUGCUAUCUCGGGUCUGGUCGGAGCUGGGGGUAACGUGGGUGGACUUGUGCUGACCGUCAUCUUUAAAGCAUACGAAAAAGAUAUGCCUAUCGCCUUUAUGUUCUUUCAAGAUCACGUCCGCGAACACCUCUCACUAACGCCACCCGCGUACCUCUUCCGUCUCCCAGUUGCCUACAAUAGAGUCGGCCUAACCCAGUAUUUCACUCACCGCUCUGAUGAAAGACUUCUAAUGCAACCGGAAGCGUGGUACAAUGAAAAUAAUGUCACCCUCUACACAAAAGACAAGGUGACUCUUAUCGACAAGGUCAACAGAGUCGUCCAUUCUGCUCGUGGGAACAAAGUCUCUUAUGAUGUGUGUGUUAUCGCUACCGGAUCGAGUCCUUUUGUCCCGCCAGUUGAGAACAUUAGUGCGAAGGGAUGUUUCGUAUAUCGCACCAUAGACGAUUUAGAAGACAUAAUUGCUUACAGCGCCAAGGUAAAACGUGGUGCCGUUAUUGGUGGCGGAUUACUCGGUCUUGAAGCUGCCAAGGCAUUAUUGGACUUGGGAUUAAAAACUUAUAUUGUAGAGCGGAAUCCUCAUCUCAUGAGACGUCAAAUUGACAAAGAAGGUGGUGCGAUGCUGCUUCGAGAGAUCGAAAAACUCAGUUUAAAGGUUGUUCUUGGCAUUGGACCGAAAAAAAUUCUUCUUGAUGGAGACGGAGCUGUGAAAGGCAUACUCUACGAGAAUGAUGAAGUUGAAGACCUGGAAAUGGUUGUCGUUGCUGCGGGUAUUCGUCCACGUGACGAACUUGCCAAAGAAUCGGGAAUUUCAGUCCACGCGCGUGGCGGUGUUUUCGUUGACGAUUACCUGCGGACGAACGAUCCAAAUAUCUUUGCUAUCGGCGAAGUCGUCUUGCACGCCGGUGUAGUUUAUGGUCUUGUUGCUCCUGGGUACGAUAUGGCAGACAUCGUUGCCGCGAAUUUAGCUAUUCCUGGUUCCAAUAGACGUUUCCUUGGUGGUGAUUGUUCCGCGAAACUCAAGCUUCUCGGAGUGCACGUCGCCAGUUUUGGCGAUUACUUUGCCGAAGAUGACAUCGCCAUGCCACUGAUUUACAAGGACCCAUUCGGUUUUAUUUACAAAAAAUACGUGUUCACUAAAGAUGGGAAACACCUGCUCGGUGGUAUUAUGGUCGGUGAUACCGAUGACUAUGCCAAGCUCCAUGCCUUGUGCAAGUCAAAAAAACCAUUGACUAUAGCUCCCGGUGAACUUAUCCUCGGCGUCAAAUCGGGCGAUGCAGAUGGGGCUGACGACCUUCCUGACGAAGCGCAAGUUUGCUCGUGUAACAACGUUUCAAAAGGCCAAGUCCGCGAAGCAGUACGUGAGGACAAGUGCCGCUCCAUCGGCGAAAUCAAAUCAUGCACAAAAGCCGGAACCGGUUGCGGUGGUUGUCUCCCAAUCGUACAAGAGAUCUUCGCAGCAGAAAUGAAAGCAUGCGGUCAGAAAGUAACACAAGCCUUAUGUCCGCACUUUGAGCUCACUCGUGUCGAACUCUUCCAAGUAAUCAAGAUCAAAAAGCUAAAGGAUUUCAAGCAAAUCAUCAAUGCUGUCGGAAGGAAAGGAUCAUAUGGAUGUGAAGUGUGUAAACCCGCGGUUGCAUCGAUUAUCGCCAGUUUGUGGAAUGACCAUAUUUUGGAUCAUGCAACUAUACAAGAUACGAAUGAUCGGCUACUAGCUAAUAUACAACGUGGCGGAAGCUAUUCUGUCGUACCACGUGUGGCAGGUGGUGAAAUCACACCAGAAAAACUCAUUGUCUUGGGAGAAGUCGCCAAGAAAUAUAACCUCUAUACAAAAAUCACUGGGGGCCAACGUAUUGAUCUUUUCGGUGCCGCUAAGCAAGAUCUUCCAGACAUCUGGGAACAACUUGUAGACAACGGUUUCGAAUCCGGUCAUGCGUACGGAAAGGCCUUGAGAACUGUCAAAUCCUGUGUCGGAUCUACAUGGUGUCGUUAUGGUAUUGGCGAUUCUGUUGGGUUUGCCAUUCGCAUUGAGAAUCGAUACAAGGGUAUUCGAGCUCCACACAAGAUCAAGGGUGCUGUUUCGGGUUGUAUUCGUGAGUGUGCUGAGGCACAAGGAAAAGAUUUUGGUUUGAUUGCUACGGACAAGGGGUAUAAUGUCUAUGUCUGUGGCAAUGGUGGAUCGAAGCCGAAGCAUGCUGUCUUGCUGGCCAAGGAUGUUCACGAAGAUCUAUGUAUCAAAUACUUGGAUCGUUUCAUGAUGUACUACAUCCACACUGCUGACAAACUCACGCGUACCGCUCGAUGGCUUGAGAAGAUGGAAGGUGGUAUAGAGUAUCUGCGAAGAGUAAUUAUCGACGACCACCUCGGCAUAUGUGCUGAACUCGAAGAAGACAUGGCUCGCCUCCUCGAUACAUACCAGUGCGAAUGGACAUCCGUUGUCAAAGACCCUGCUCGCCGUACCCAAUUCAAACAAUUUGCCAACACUGAGGAUACUCAACCGAGCAUUGAAUUCAUAGCAGAACGUGGUCAAAGACGGCCGGCUGAUUGGCCCAAAGAAUUUCCUAUAUCCGAAUCAGCAGAGUUGUAUAAAGCUGCUGGUACACAGGGGACUAGCAAGUCGUGGUUUAAACUUUCACCUGUCGAUUCUUUUCCAUUGGACGGGGGAGAAGUUAUUAAAUAUGGAGAUGUACAGAUAGCCGUGUUCAAUACACAUUCACGCACAAAGUGGUACGCGACACAGAACAUGUGCCCACACAAACGCGCGUUCGUACUAUCGCAAGGUUUAGUUGGUGACGACGAGAAUGGAACCAUAAAAGUUAGUUGCCCGAUGCAUAAGAAGAACUUUGCUCUUGAGACGGGCGAGUGUAUUUCUGAUAAUGAAUUAAAGAUCAUGACGUUUGAUGUCAAGAUUGAAGAUAAUCACGUGUGGUUACAUCUUCCGCCCACCGAAGAGCUUGAUAGGAUACUUGGGACAAAAAAGUGGAUGGUUAAUAAGAAUCAUAUCAAAAAAGAACGAAAAUCUAGUGUUGUACGCUUGGGAAGUACCGUUGAAGUUGGGUGUGGUAGUGGUGGCUGUGGGGAUAAUAAGUUGGAAUGGUAA